AUGAACCACUUAUGCUUUCCAUUCUUAAAUUUCACCACACACCCCAUGGUGAUCAACUAGAAGCUGACACCAUGUUUGCCUGGUACUGCUUGAAGAUUCAAGGAAUGUGCCAAUUUAAAUAUUAGGCAUUGUAUGGUUUGGAUUAUUUGUAGAAAACCAUAUUAAUUGGCAAAGGACUUGGCUUAUUUAUCUAGUGUUCACUCCUUUCUAGUUUCAGAUUGUGCUAGGUAUUUAUAACUAUAGAAGCAUGUUUUACAGUAUAGAUUCAAUUGUAACGAUUCCACUUUGGUUUGACAAGUGUCUGAACAUGACAAGUGUCUGGUCAUAUGGUAGCUGGUGCAGCCAGUCUAUGGUUGGACCUCUGCAAAACAUACAGGUAAAUAUAUUCAAAGCAAAGUAUUUUGCAAGUAUCAACUUGGGAGGGUUUUGACUUUGGACUGGUAGGCUUAUCUAUAAUUGAAUUCACAUUAGGUAAAAUAACUUGCAUGAGUUUAAUAUACACAAAAUAUAAAACGAGACGCACCAUAUGCCCCCGUUUACAUUAUAGAAAAUUUGUAUAUAGGAACUUACAAGAAGGUAGUAGUAACCAAUUGCUAGAUUCUUAGUAAUAGAAUUGUAUAAACCUGUUUUCUAUCGGUCAAAAUGUCCGGCCGGAAUAAAAUUGACCGGUGGCAAAUAGCCGACCGUUAUAGUCCUCACUCCACACUGAUGUUUCGCAUACUCGGAAAAUUUAAAGACACAUCGGAAAGUGGAGAGAUCCUAUCCUAGUAAAAGCUGCGUAGAUCUUGAUUUAGUUCGACUAAUUUUUUUCAUUCAAACUGCUGACUCUUAUGGUAAAAGCGCCUGGAUACGAAGCUAGUUAAGGUUAGGCUCACUUUACGAUUCUGUUAUCUUGUUACAAUAUCGACCAUUCACACCACACCACCCGUAAUACCAGAACUGUGAUACCAGACACUAUUACAUUUGUAACAUAAGCCGAACACCACAGUCAAGGAGCAACAAUCAUAUUCGCUUUCAAAGAAAUGUUUCUGGUUUUCCGCAAAAUCUAACCGCUUCCACGAAAGCUGUCGGACAAACGAUGAAGUCAAGGGCCGUAGCUUUUUGCGUUCUCCUUUUUAUGCUUUGGUGUAAUUCUGGCUGUGGAAUCUCGGUAAAGGAUGAGAAAGAAAAUAAUGCAAUUGCAACAAUAGUUCCGGCGUGGACCCAUAAAGUCAUAAUUAAAACGAGCCGAACGAUCCAGAACCCUACAACGACAAAGGCACCCACGACGUCGUCAUCAAAAAGCAACUCAUCAAAAACUACAAAUCAGACAACCCUUAUACCUGCGUCUAAAAUCACAUGCGAGAUGAGAAACGGUUCGUGUGCGAGGUGUCUGGACGACAACGACUGUUUUUACUGCGACAAUGAACGCUCGUGUGCCGAGAAGACUGAUAAUUUCAUUCCCCCUGGAUGCGAGGGAAAUGAUUGGUACUGGAAGCAAUGCGAAGUACGAGACGAAAUAAUUUUUAUCGUCUUCCCGACAAUUGGAGUUAUAUUGGGCCUUGUGAUUAUAUGUUGUCUGUAUCACUGCUUAUGGUCCAGUUGCCAUCCUUGCUGUCAUCGUCGUUGCCAAAAUUGCCCGUGCUGUUUCAAAAUCUGUAUGCGUUGUACUGAUGACAAAGCAGAUCUCGAAACGCUAAUCUCAGUACCAAAUGAGGAAACUUCUAGCACGUCAACUCACGAAGCAUAUAUCGCAUCAACUAAUUCCGACGCUGUACAGGACAACGACCAUGUCCAUGUUUUUGUCCAUGUUGCCCAAAAAACGUCAGAAAUGAACAAUUUGGCGGCAAUUAAUAAUGGGUAUACUUCUGAUUCCUAAAACACUGGUUUUGCUUUCGAUCAGAAAACAUCGCUAAGAAGGCUACUACCAGUUUAAUUUUUCAUUCCUCUGGUGUUAAAUUUCGUUUCCAAUGUUUAUCCAGUCCUCGAAACAUGCUGGAAUGCCUGAUUGAAUUGAAUUAAAUUAUAAUUGAAGCAUAGGUAUAAUAACUAAAUUAGCAUAAUCUGCUUGCGUGAUGCAUACGUAAUAAUUAUGAAUACUAAAUACGCAUGUGCGAAUAAUGAUAUCGUGCAUGUUAAUACACUUCAGGUACAAAGUUGUAUUCCAUCGUUAAUUCAAGUAAUUGAGAGUUUUACUAAAUUUACAUGUAAUUUGACUGUAUUGAUUAGCGUAUAGUUGAAUAAUAAUUGCAUUGGUAGACUUGUUCAAGCGCUGUCAUGUGCUAUAAGAUAAAUCACUUCAAUAUUGUGACUAUAUCACCAAAAGUGGCGAUUUCCGUCCUCAAAACAAAAUAAAUUAUUUU